UAAAAUUUAUACAACCUACGAAAACGGCUUUAUAUAAUAUACUAUAUAAAUAAAUAGGAAGGGAGUAAAAAUAGUCCAAACUUACCAAGGAAUUUCGCAAGAAUGUUCAUCAGGAGUUUACAACGUACCAAACUUCAGUGUCUGAAACUAAGAGGCUUUGCAUCGGUAACUCCUCAAGAAGUACUUAAGCCAGGGGAUGUGUUUAGAAAAGCAAGGGCUUUUACUGAGGAAGAUGUUCUCCAGUACGCCAAGGUGAGUUUUGAUUCUAACCCUUUGCACACUGAGUCUGCUGCUGCCAAAGAUGUUGGAUUUGAAGGUCCACUGGUACACGGGAUGCUUGUGGCUUCUCUCUUUCCUCAUAUCAUCUCCUCACGUUUUCCUGGAGCUGUGUAUGUAUCUCAAAACUUGAAUUUUAAGUUCCCGGUCUAUAUUGGAGAUCAGAUUAUUGCUGAAGUGCAAGCAACCAAUGUCAGAGCAAAUAGAAAUCGAUAUCUUGCAAAGUUUAAGACAAGGUGCUUGAAGAAUGGUGAACUUAUUGUCAUUGAUGGUGAGGCUGUGGCUUUGUUACCCACCUUGACGGUGGAACAAGAGCAACACGAGGAGCCGUAAAAAAUAAUCAGGGUUGUAACUGUUAGUCAUGAUACCUUUUUCCAAGGAAAUGUUUGACCUUCAAUUUCUACAGUUGUUGCUUUUGUGUUUUAAUGGAGACUUGUAAUCAUUGAUCGUGGGUUCUAAAUUGUGAUUCUUUAUCCUGAACAAAAAGACGAAUAAAAAAAUUGUUUUGUUGUUUUGUUGUUGCUGAAGAAAA